GGGCGUGGCUUGUCUGCAAAAAAGAGGGGAGGGGCUGGUAGCUAAGGAUGUUGAGCUGAGAGCUGAGGUGGUACAAUGGCUGGAGAAAUAGACCUGUUCAGCUUUGGGCAAGCUGUCCCUCCCAAUAAAGUGGUGUUUGGAUGUGCGGAGGAACGCAAGAUGAUACCCAACCACACCCUCCCGACAAGGAUGGGUAUAGAGAUGGGUAUCAGGGGGGCGCCUGAUAGGGGACCCGGCCGCUAUGACCCUGAUCCCGUGACACUGUUUCCAAAGCCUCUCGGUUCACGAGUGCACAGUACCAGGGGGUGGUAUUUUGGAGCAACCUUGGCGAGCAGGCUACCAAAAUACACCAUGGGUAGUCAACCUGGACCUGCCGACUACCAAAAGACGACGUACAUUGAUCCAAAAACAAUGUACAAGCCGUUUGGCAGUGAUCAAUCAAGACUACCUGCUGACAGGAGGAGUCUUGGCAAGCUAGGACCUGGAAGGUACCAGCACGACGUCCCAAUGAGCAGACAUGUGGAGUACAAUGCAAGCUUUGGUGGGGAGAGAGCUCUGCGUGGGAUUGUCACCGUCAAGUGUACUAAGGGGAUACCAGACAAGUGUAAGGAGUGUAAGAGAGAACCCGUGGGAGACUACUUCGAGAACAGCAACUUUGCACUGUGUCCAGACUGCUACAAACAGCUGCAGGAGUCCACUCCGAUAUCCAAGCAAGACAGUCUGCAAAGGUUCUAUAAAGUGAGGGACUGUCGCACAGUACACAAGCACGAAUUUCUCGGGAAGGACUCGAAGAUUAUUAUCAAAACUGAGAAGGAACAGAAAAAGACACGCCUUAAAGAGGCUUAUUUGAGACUGUACUAUUCUUAAAGAGACAAACAUUUUUUGUUUGUAAACUUUUUUAAUUCUCUUUGUCAAUUAAAUGGUGACUUUAGAAGUAUAUUGCCAUUAAUUUAAUUCCAUGCAAAAAACAAA